AUCCUCAGUAAUGGUAUGUACAAAAGCAUCGAGCACAGGGUUCUGGUGAAUGCAGCGAAAGAAAGGAUCUCCAUUGCUAUGUUUUUCAACCCUAAAUUUGAAGCUGAGAUUGGACCAGCAAACAUUCUUAUAAACCCACAGAACCCUCCAUUAUUCAAAAAGAUUACAAUGGAGAACUACUUUAAAGACUUCCUCUCUCAUAAGCUCGAUGGGAAGUCAUAUCUGGAGCAAAUGAAGCUGAAAAAUUCAAAAAGUCACACCAUUUGA